UGCAGCGGAUCCCGAGCCCAGCCGCUGAGGAGGAGGAGGAGGAGGAGGAGGAGGAGGAGGAGGAGGAGGAGGCGGCUCCGGUCCCCGCGCGCCAUCCGCCGCCCUACUGGACUCGGGCGAGGGAGCGAGAGCGUCGCCACUGUCGCCUCCGGAGAAGACAAGGGCACCGCCGCCUCAGCCGCUACCGCGGUUUUCUCCUGCAGUCGCUCCCGGGAUCCUCAGUCUUCCAGAAUGAACCCUGUUUACAGCCCUGUGCAGCCUGGGGCUCCUUAUGGCAACCCUAAGAACAUGGCCUACACAGGGUCUCACGUUUAUGCCUGGGCCAGCCUGAACCACAAUCCUACUACUUAUUCCUCCCUUGAAGCUGAGAUAACAGGUUACCCUACAGCCUACCCUGCAGCGGCCCCUGCCUACAAUCCCAGCCUGUACCCAACCAAUAGCCCCAGUUAUGCUCCAGCCACUCUGCUGAUGAAACAGGCCUGGCCACAGAACUCAUCUUCCUGUGGCACUGAAGGCACCUUCCACCUCCCAGUGGACACCGGGACUGAGAACCGAACUUACCAAGCAUCUUCUGCAGCUUUCAGAUAUACCGCAGGGACACCAUACAAGGUCCCACCAACCCAGAGUAAUACUGCUCCACCCCCCUAUUCCCCAUCACCCAACCCCUAUCAGACGGCCAUGUAUCCAAUCAGAAGUGCCUAUCCCCAGCAGAACCUGUAUGCCCAGGGAGCCUACUACACACAGCCGGUGUACGCUGCUCAGCCCCAUGUCAUCCACCAUACCACAGUCGUCCAGCCCAACAGCAUUCCCUCUGCCAUCUACCCAGCGCCUGUUGCUGCCCCAAGGACCAAUGGAGUGGCCAUGGGCAUGGUGGCGGGCACCACCAUGGCGAUGUCAGCAGGUACCCUGCUGACUACACCCCAGCACACUGCAAUUGGGGCACACCCUGUGUCCAUGCCCACAUACAGGGCCCAAGGAACCCCGGCGUACAGCUAUGUGCCCCCGCACUGGUAAAGCCUGCAGCCCAUCCAAGUCUGGAGUCACACAUUGUAUGCAACUACUCAAGUCUUACACCGGUGCUGGAGCAGUCCCCUAGCAGCACCACCUCUAUUUGCAAGAAGAGACAACGGAAGUGCAAGGGUCACUUUAUGCAUCUUUAAUGGUUUUGGUUUUUAUUUUUGGUUUUUGUAAAAGCUGCUUUUUCUAAUCUCCUGCCUCUCUCCCUUUGCCCCAUCCCCCCCUUAGCCACUGCCUUCCAGCUCCACCCUCUCUUCCCCCUGACCCAGCCAUGUCCUCUCUGCACUUCUUUUCUUCCCCAAGUGUCCUGUCCCCAGGAUCCCAGCCUAGUGGCAAGCAGAGAGUGGGUUUAUUGCAGUGGUUCAUCUGAAGGCUUGAUUUGAUUUGAAAAGCAUAAACAGGUCUGAGGUAAGAAUCCAGAGCUCUUGAGGGGACCACGUCUCUGAGCAACUUGUUUCUGUUCUUAAGAGUUCAGGACAUUACUAUGUCCUGACCCAAAGAAAUGUCUUCUGAGAGCCAUGGCAACAGACCAAGAACAAAACCACGUGACUAUAUAGAAGUGUUUGUUAUUAGCAGCUUCACACCCCAGGCUGAGAACCUGGGGAAACCGGAGUCUUAGGGAGAAUUUGGGGAAGGAAAGAAGGGGAGAGAGGUGCUUGCCUGAUGCUUUGGUUUGAAAAGUCUCUGGCUAUAUGGUUUGGGCCUGGACCUUCUGAUUUGCACCGUGAUGUUAACUGACCUGGCACUUCCUCAAAAGGUAGUUUUGACCUCAGACUUGCCAAGCAGCCGCAGGCUGAUGGAAUCCCAGAGUCUGGAGACUUGGGAAGGCCAGGUGCCCAGUGUAACCCAGACCUCAGCCUCUGAGCCUUCCUGGCCCACUCUAAUGAGGAGCUUCCUUCUGAUUAGAGUGGGAACCUGUGGCAUUUCUCUCCCUUGCCCUUCUGUCCUUCCAAGUGCCGGGGCUCACCUGUCUGUCUAUGAGGCUGGCAGGCAGGCCAAGCUCUUGGUUACCUUGUGCCAUUCACGGCCAAAGUGAAGGAACCACAUUCCAGGUGGGUGCUGAUGGCUCUGAAGGUCAGGAUAGUGAAGGAAAAGCAAUAGCAAUAAUCAUUUCAUAGACUCAUGGAACUGAAGAGACCUUAGCAAUCAUCUCAUCCAUUCCCCUAUUUGACAGAUUGAGGAAACUGAGGCCACAAGAAGAGGAAAGGACUUUCCUGGACCUCACAGUAAAUUAGCAUUAAAUGCAACCUUCCUACCUAGUGGCAUGUUGCCUACAAAAAUUUAGCUAGGGAUGGAUUGGCUUUGUUUCAUAAUAAUUAAGUCAGCAGCCUCAUACCUGGUAAGCUCUGCAGUGAUCUCUGGGCUCGUUUCUGCUCUUUUACCCUAAGGAUUCUAAAGGUGGGGGUUGAAGACUGGGCAGAGGCCACAUGGGGGCAGAUGACAGGAACAGAAAUUGCAAAUGAAGAAAUAGCAUUUGGAAAUUCUGUGAAGACAUCUGGAACUUUCAUCCUGUACCUGAUUCUGCACUUAGGAAAAGGAGCAGGUGGGCUGGCUGAAAAGGAGAGGCCAUGCUUUUAGGACAGUAGCCCCUCAUCAUCCUGGGAAGAGAGGAGAGUGGGAUCCAUCAGGAGAGGAGGACAAGUCUGAGGCCCAGCAGAAUGGGCUUGCCUGGGGAGAAGAGGGACCCCCGGGACAAAGAGGCCCCUGCUAGUCUCAUCCAGGAGCCUGGAUUGUCCAGCAUCAAUCGCCCUCUACCCAGCGCAUAGCUGAGCCGGCAGCCCUUCUGGGGUGGAACAGGAACAUUACUGUACAAAAUGGGAUCAUUAACAACACUUGGGACUUCUAAAUAACUAUUUUCAUUUAAAAGUCAUGUAAACUUGGAUGUAUCCUUUCCCUACUUCCCGUGUCCCCCUAAAGGAGGAAAAAAAUCAGGAAGCCUUGGGCUAGAAAGACCUCAGAGCUGUCUGGCUGUUCCCAGGAGGUAAGGGCCAUCUGCAUCCUCGGCCCAGAGUAGGAGCUAGGGGACACCUUCCUGGCCUUGCAGGGAACUUCAGGACCAGCAAGAGAAGACCGGCUGUUCUGAGUGCCCUGCUUGGAGGCGUGCUGACAGGGUUUCAUUGUAUCAGAACAAAAUUUUCCAGUGUUCAUUCAUUUUUUGCAGUGCCCCCCCACCUGCUUUGGUUUUGAACAGGUGGGCAAGGUUGUUCUAGAUUAUGUCAUAUGUGUUUGAAAAAAUGCCAAAAUAAUAAUAAUAGGAAAUCUUUGCAUUUGUCAGGUGCUUCAUAGAUUUCAAAGAAUUUCACAGCCUUUAAUUUACUGGCCCUGUGAGAUGACAGGAUUACCUACUCCACCUCUUUGAGAAAGGAGAAACAGGCAAGGAAACCACCCAAAGUUGAACUGAGCGCUGGAAUCCUGACAGGACUCCCAACGUGGCUGCCUCCAGAGGGGCUGGUGGGAUUGAAAAGAAAAAAGGAAACCUAGGAAUGACCUUGUAACUUUUGUUCUUUCUACACCAGUAAGUAAAAACUUGUGCCUCACAGUUCACAGAGCAGUUCCACAUCCAGUGUGUGGUUUCACCCCGAUAGAUGAACCCAGGCUGGAUUCUGGCCCUCC